UUUUGACAAAUUUAUUCUCAGUUAUAAGAGCAGAUUUUAGGGUCGCUUUCUUUUAAAAUGUUUGCAACAUUUAGCCAAAUUCAGUAAAUUAAAUAAAAGUAAAUUUUGGUGUAGCAAAGUCAGUAAAAAUCUCUGUAUAAACGUGGAUCUACUUAUAAAAAGACAAACACUUUGUGUUGUGCCUAACUUUUUCCAUUAUGAGGAAAGGAUGGUAAUAAUUUCAGCCUGAUUUAAAAAUAAAAAGUCAAUUCGGAUGGAUCAGAUUGCUGUAAUUUUCAAACUGCUUUUGGGGGCCAGACAAACUCAGUCGAAGGGCCACAAACGGCCCCCAAGCCACACUUUGGACACCCCUGCUUAAGAACAUCAUAAAAAUCGAUUCAGUUUUUUGCAUAGUGUCAAAUUACAAUGUGAAAGAAUGUUAAAUAUGAAAUUUUAAGAUAUACUCAUCAUACGCUAUAACUCUUUACCAGUUUGUUAAUAUGUAGUUUUAACAAUACGUUUCACCGUAACCGGCCCUUUAAAUGUGAAAAUGAGUUUGACGCCCUGUUGAACUUUCUCAGGUACAAGACUUUAAGCCAACCUUUAGUUAAAGGUGUUUUUCAUACAACUCACAUCAUUGUGGAGGAACUUUGCCCAACUCUUCUUCGCAGCACUGCUUUUGAAAAGGUUAUGACAUUUCAACAUGCUGACUUCUGGACUUUAACUAGACUUUUGCAACUCUGAUUAUUUGUCAGACAUUUUGCCAUAGAUUUUCUGCUGUGCUCCUGCUCAUUGUGUUGUUGGUGACCCAGUUGUGUUAACUUACGCCUCUGCGCUCCAAACCAUGAAAGCAGCAAACGUGCAGUAUUUCUUAUCACUGAAUUGACAGAAAUGGGGGUUUUUUUGUUUUGUUUUUUUCCCAUGACUAAGUUUGUUCUCAUGGCUGUCCAGUCCCAACAUCAUGUUCAGUUAUCAAGCCAUUCAAACCUAAAAAUACCUCGAGUAUCGCGCCUCCAAAACCAUCUCUGACUUGAUCAAUUUAAUAAUUGAUUCACUGUUGGGCAGGUACUUUGGAAAAAAUAUCUUUUUACAUCAAGACAGGUUUGUGUGGAGAUUCUUUUCUCCAUAAUAAUCAAAACCAUCACUUUAAAACAACUUUUAUGUUUAUUUAGGUUAUUGUUGGCUGAUGUUCACGUUUGUUGGAUAAUCCAAAAGUGUGACUGAAAACAGAGCAACUAUUUCAUCACACCAAUGAAACCCACAUUUGAUUGGCUGGUAAAUUCAGAGGAGUGAUGAUGUCAGGAAAAGCAUCCUAUAUCUAAAAAAACAAAAAAAAAGGAGUCUGAUUCUCUUCUUAUAUUUAUUCUCCGAAACAUCACCGUCGGGAGAGGAGUCAGGACAAACCAGUGAGGAGUAAGUGAUUUGUCCAAAGCAUACACACAGUUUGUUUUCAUUUAGCUGAGCAUGAAUAACUGAACUGUUUAUUUUGUUUCGUAUCAGAAUAUGGGUUUAAAUUGUGUUUUGUGCUGGGUUUACUGGGUUUAUGGAUUGAAUGAUUUAGAGAAAUAUGAUCUUCUGACUAAACUGAUGACAUUUUUGUGACAUUGUCAGUUCAUUUCUGUUAAUACUUCUCAUUCCAAAAACAAGUUUUAGGAGAAAAAAAUGGUUUUCUAACAGAGUGUAUUGAUUAAAUAUUACAAACUUGAAUUUCUGUAAAUUGAAUAAUAAACAGUGAUAAGGUAAGUGCAUGCAGAUUGAACAUUGCAUCUUCAUUGUGCAAAAUCCUCCAUCUCUUUUAUGUCCUUCUGGAUUCUCCAGAAACCGAUCCAUAUGUGAGAACAAGUCAUGCAUUUUGAUUUUGACAAGUUAGAAAGUUGACCUGAUUGAGCAAAACCAACGUGACUUUUGGGUUCAGCACAUCAAAAGAACCCUAAAACAGUUGUAAAAACCCCCAGACAUUUUUUUUGGUUGUUGAUCAGAGCGAUGUGUGUGUGUUUGUCCUGUAUUUGCAGAAAACUGGACUGGAGCCACAGGAAUGAACGGUACGGAAGGUCCAAGCAUGAUCCAGAUUCGUGUACCUGUCAGGGUUCUGCUGACUGUGCUCCCAUGCCUCUUUUUCUUGUACGUCAACAGCGUCAUGCUGUUCGCCCUGGUGAAAAAGCCCCUGCUUCUGGAGUCACCCCGUUACAUCCUGUUUGGGCAUUUGCUCUUCUCCGACUUCCUCCAGGUCCUACUGACCACGCUGCUCUACAUAUUUGCUUUGACCAUGGUCAGAAUCAUCACUUGCGUUUGCAUUUUCGUCAUCCAGUUCACAGCCAUCACCGUGAAGAUGUCCCCCAUCAACCUGGCUGUCAUGUCAUUGGAGAGGUUCGUUGCCAUUUGCUUCCCUCUGAGGCACGCCGCCAUUGCAACCUCCAGGGUGACGCGUGGCGCCAUCGCCGUCAUGUGGACCGUGGCCUCUUUGGACUCUUUCACGCAGCUCUGUCUGUUUUUCAGCCUCGGCAACAGAAGCCUCACCGCUCAGCAGGUCUGCAGGAAAAAGACGGUAUUUCAACUGCAGGUUUACGUGAUUGUGAACCAGGUUUUCACAGUCGCAAAUUUCGUCCUGGUUACCGUUAUUAUCAUUUACACUUACAUCGCUACCAUGGUGGCCGUGAAGUGCGGCUCUUCUUGCGCUUACAGGGCCAAAGUGGCACAUCAAACCGUGAUCCUGCACGCACUCCAGCUGUGCCUGUACCUCAUCUCCACCCUGUUUAACAUGAUAAACUCCAGCGACCUGUUCAACUUGGACCCAGGUGUUGCUCUUUACGUCAAUCACCUGCUCUUUUCAGGGCUAAUCAUUUUCCCCAAGUUUUUGAGCUCGCUUUUAUACGGCCUUAAAGAUCAGACGUUCAAGCACGUCUUCAAAUACUACUUUACCUUUGGCUACAGAUCUUCAGUAGAGCCCUAUCCCACGUCUUGACCACUAAUUGGAAUAAAUUCAUGUUUUAAUUUGCGUAGUGUAUGAAAAGGUGCUUUGAAGUUUUUCUUAGAUAAGCGAGAGAAAAACCGAGUAUUUUUGCUGAAGUUAAAAAGAGUUGAAUGGAAAUAAAAAACUAACAAGCAACAGGUUGAAGCUGCACGUUUGCAUGCAUUGUAUAAUUUGUGAAUGCAAGAACAAUGAGAGAUUUCUUUCUUGUUGUUUUGUUCAAAUUCACAUCUUUACAGAGUAUACUUAUUUUUAGCAAUUGAUGCAGUUGCCUUAAAAACGUGACGCCUUGGGUCAAACAUCUCGGUUGUCCUUCCACAAGAUUCUCGCAAGAGCUUUCUGGACGCCUGGCCCAUUUCUCCUGGCAGAACUGGGUCUGUUUCGAAAGGCUGCUUUGCUCAUACACACAUUUUCAGCUCUACCCACACAUUUUUAAUUGGACUCAGAUCAGGUCUUAAAAAACUGGCAGAUAUUAACCAGUUUUGCAGCUAAUUUGGAGAUAUGCUUGCUGUCGUUGUCCACUUGGAAAGCCCUAUUUGUGCCUAAAUUUGAACUGCAUGGCUGCUGUCCAGGGAUAUUGUUUCAAAAUUUCCACAAAAUGUUUUUUUUGCCCAUGAUACCAUCUAUUUUUGUAAAGUAGACCAGUCUCCCUUACUGCAAAAACAAAAAUUUACAUCUUCAUAGUAGCCAAAUACUUCAAUUUUUUGUUUCACUUUUUGACAUCUCAAAAAAACUAAGAUUUUUGUCCCUGAGAGCAUUAUACAGAGUACACAAACAUAUGGUUUCAACUAUGUCUAAAAAAAUUUUUUUCCCUUUAAAUCUGCUGCUGCUUUGUGCAACUUGUCAAAAAAGAAAAUGCUAUUUCCAUUUAUCUCUCAAAAAUAAACUAGUCCAAAAUGGAACCGUGUAAAAAUGUGUCAUUUUGUGACGUCUUUUUGGGGUCUGUGUUUGAAUGUUGAGAAAUGUAAUAUUUAUGCAGAAAUCAUCCAUGUAAAUAUCAUUUAUUAAGUCUAGAUGUCGAUGCUUGUGCUAUCUGUGGAAACAGGUUUACAAAAUUUAACUCGAUUUUUCAUUACAGUUGAUAUAUUUCAAACACAUAACUUAAAAAAAAUAUAGUGAAGGGGAGCAGCUUGACUUGAUGUUUUCAGCUAAAGCCAGCUUAGCCACGUGUAAAGUCUCUAGUUUAAUUGUUUGUUUGUAUGUUGUUGAUCGGUAAAAUAUAUCCAUAGCUGGUCAUUGUUUACAAUUAGUAAAGAAACCUGCUGAUGAUGUGAGUGUUAUGAAGUACAUUUAAAUGACCCAAGGUGCUGUACUAUAAACCAUAAAACAAGAUAACACGCAUGUACAAUAGCAAUCUAAGCAUAUUUGUACAAAAUAUGUUUUGUACAAACAUAUUUUUAGUUUGUACGAAAACUAAAAAUAUGUUUUACAAAUUGAUUUCAAAAGACUUGACUACGAUUCAGAGUGAAAUCAAGCAGAUGAAAACAGUUGGGCUUUCAGGAGUUCAUUUAUUUCCUCACUGUUGUGUAAAUAUGACACUAUCUGUGCUUUGUCAUUCUAUUUGAGUUUUUGUGAAAGCUAAAGCAUAUUGCAAUUGAAACUAAACCUUUUCAGGUGCUGAAAACAGCAGCUUUUAAGUUUUAGGUCAAAAUCCCUCUGAUACAGUAAGGAGAACCUGAGUUCACUGCUCUAACCAGCAGAUGCCACCAUAGGCUUUGGAAACAGGCUCCCAAAGCGCCUGUCAAUUAAUGUUGACUUAGUCUGUGCAAGUAUGCGACUCAUAAAUCUGCAAUGUGCAAUAAACCCAGUAACACGUGACUUUAUUGAUGAAAGUCUUUCUUUCUCACAGUGAAGAUGGAUGGUUGUGUAGGAAUAAGGCCUGAGCCUGGCUGCAAACAAUUUAAGAGGCUAAACAGGCAGAGAGAGGCUGAAAGGCAGAAUAAAGGAAGCAUCUGUGCAGGAGGUGGACUAAUUUAAGCGAUCUUUACUCCGCCACAGUCCACAAGCCCACUCAAUACCUCUCCAGCUCCCCGUGAAAGAGCUCUCCAAGGGCUGAAAAACAUUCCAGAGCGAGAAAGUACUUGGUGACAGAGAUGCGCUUUAGUUUGGACGACAAGAGCAAGAGGGAAAAGGUUGUUGUGAUGAUAAUGGAGACCUCUCAGAUGUUUGACAAGACAGUUUGCGUCUUAACAGUGGCGAGCUUCUCUGCAGAAGGGGGAGUUUCACGUGGGAUCGUGCAGGUUUGCAGGGAGGCCUCUCGGCUGUACAAACAGGGAAUGCAUCCACAAAAGAGCCGAUGACGCACAAACAAAGAUGGCCCUGGACAUCUCAGAGAGCUCGUCUUUUGCGCCUGUAAGGAGAGACGCAGACCUCAGGACGGAUCUGUAACUUCCAUCCAAAGUCUUCUCGCUGUAGCCCAGGUGCUCGCGCGACAUUUGUCUACGUCUGCUGAUUUUGCAGUUUCUAAGCUUCUAUGUGUAGCAGAAUGGGAAGAAGUGGGGUAGCUGCUCAUGUGAGGGGGUGGGGGGAAAUACAACAACAAAAGGGAGAAAAAGGGCAUUCUCUGUAAGAGUACAGUGAUGGAUUGGUAGGUCUUCUGCUCCAUUAUGAGAGAACCAUAGGAGGAUGUACAGAGCUGCACAGAUUCUAAUUCAGAAAAAAAAAAGCUAAUCAGAUUUUAAAAGCUUUCUUUUCCUCUAAAUGCAGGCUAGCAGAAGUAUUGUUUGCCUUUUUUUCAGAUUUUGGUGCACAUUUGAGUUCAGCCUCCUUUACUGCGAUACCCCAAUGUGAACUCCAGGGCAAAGAGUAGUAAGAAGAUAGUCAUUGUUGAAACAAAGUCAUGCAUUUGCUAAAAGCCAUCAGACAGCAAACAUGUAUACUGUGAGAGGAGAUGAAAAUCAUUUUUAAUAAAAAACACUUUAUGAGGAAGAAAACUACCACUGCUCAUCACCCUGAACACAUAAUCUAUGUGAAACAUAGUAGUGAAAGCAUCAUGCUGUGGUAAAAUCAGUAAGGUGGCUCAGGCUGAUGGGAGAAUAGAUGGAGCUAAAUAUUGGGAGAAAAUCAGAGGCCAUAAAAAAACUGUGAGACUGAGGGAAAGAAUUCACCUUUCAGCAGGACAAUGACUCUAAACAAACAGCCAGAGGAUAAAUAAAAACACCACCUGUCAU